AUGGUCGCAGCGAGCACACGGCGCAGGAAGAUUAUCGGCCAGCGCCGCCGUAUUGAGGACGAGGCCGAGGACGAAGGCGGCCCCGAAUCACUGGUCGACCUUGAUGAUGAUUCGGUGACGGAUGGCUCGAUCGCGAGCGACGAACACGACCCCGCCGACGACAGCGACACGAGUAACAUCGACGAUGCCUCACCAACGUUGCCCAGCGCACGGAAACCCCUCGGCAACGGCAACGCGAAGGCUGGGUUUCGCCGCCGGACCGGCUCUGAGCCGCCCAAGAGUCCAGCCGCAAAACCGGUCAUACCCAUAAUAGCCGAUGCCGAAUCCAUGCUCAGCAAACUGUCCCUUACCGAUAAGGAAAAUAGGGUAGAAGAAAUGCACUUUGACGACAUAAAACAUGCACCGCAUGCUAAGGACGCCGCACCGAUUGUCGUAAGCUCAAGCGCUGCUGCCCAGCAACGACCCCGGCUGCCGCAACAGGAAAUAAAACGGCGGGAACACGAGGAGUACAGGCGGAAGAGGGAUGAAGAUCCAGCCUUCGUCCCCAACCGGGGCGCCUUCUUCCUGCAUGACCACCGGCAUGCUGGCCCCGCUGCGAAUGGCUUCCGCCCCUUCCCCAGGGGAGCCCGUGGUCGCGGGCGAGGGGCGUUUGGGAAUCACUUCGCUCCUAUCAGUCAGGUACAUAACGUUCCGGACCCCGUCACCAAUGGGCUGUGGAAACACGACAUGCACGAAGUGGUCGCCGCCCCUCAACCCCCUCGGCAGAGCCGUUAUCUCCCCAACAGCGAAGGGCCCCCGAACGGUAACGGCAUCAUCCCAACCGCACCGACCAGCAAGAUGGCAAUCAACAGGGCCAUGUCGACCGAAAAGCACAUCGGCAACACGACUAUCAGGGUGUCUAUCCCGUCCCUCGGUCCUCCCAAGCUCUUCCCAGGCGUUGCCUUGAAGCAAUACACCAAGCUCCCGGAUCACCGCCCCCCUCUCCGCCGCGACAAGCCUGUUCGGAUUUCCAUCCCGUACCAUGACCCGCCCGUUAUGCCGCGUUACAUUUUCCCGGCGAGUGACAGGUCGUUUAUCUUCAUCCCACGGGCCAUGCGGCCGAACCAGCAACGGACGCGGGGUAAGAACCCGCGCUCUGUCCUGGGGUCGGGCGUAUUUUCCCGUGCGACGAGUGUUUGGGGCGGAAGCGCGUAUGGGGGAAGCAUGUACUCUCCCAGCAUCGCCCUCAGUCGCCGGUCGUCGAUUGCUCCUGAUAUUGGCCGAGAAUUCAUGCUCUCGCCGACGGGGUCCACCAUCUCACGACCCCCCCUCCCGGCCGACACCACGAGGCCCGUCGUCCGGUUGCCCCCUUUCGCUCAACCGCCGGUGCCUACAAUGCCUAUGCCUCCUAGGCCGGAUGUUUACCAAAAGGCCCCUGAGGCGUCCAUCAACGAACUACCCCAGCCCCAAACACACCCUCUUCCCCUGAAACCCACGUUUCAGGAGAGCCGACCAAACACCAUCCCAAUGCACCAACCGCGGCCGCAGAAAGCCGUCUCCCUCGAGAACAUCGAGUCGCCCGUUCAGCAGGCCACAAACGCGCCGGGCCCUUAUCAACAAGCCUUCCAUCAGCAGGUCCCGCCGCAGCUGCCCAACGGUUAUCAUCAAGAUUCCCACGCCCGUCACCCUUCGUAUCAGUCCCAAUUCUCGUCGUCUACGCCCCUGUCUCAAAUUCCCGAGCGCGCAGUUCACGCCGCUCCCUUCCAGCCUAACACCUAUGCCCAACCCGGCUUCUACAACCAGCCAUAUGCGCCAAUGCAGCCGCAGCAAGGUUACUAUUAUCCCCAGACGUUCAACGCGAACAUGGGCCCCAACGCAGCCGCCCCCACCUUUGUACCAGGGGCGACGCAACAGCAAGCUCAAGCGGUUCCGUACACACAACCCGGUCAGGGCGAGAUGCCCCCCGCCCAGCCUGCCGGGCAAGGCACACCCCAACAGCAGCAAAAUAUGGUGGACGCGCGGGAGUCGCAAGGCACGGUCUACUAUGAAUAUUACCCACAGGGUCCCCCGAUGUCGGGAUACCCGCCCUCCUUCCCCGGCGGGUCCCAGCCCUAUACCGCAGGCCCUGGCAUGGUGGGCAUGGCGCCCGCCCCCAUGAUGGCGCCCAGCCCAGACACAUUCUACUACCAGCAGCCGAUGACCUAUUAUCCCCAGUAG